AUGGCGGAUGAAAGCAAGGGUUCAAAGUGUCCCGUUUCUCCGGAAAAUUUUUUCCGAGAUAUCUCUGAGGUACAGGACCCGAGCUUGCGACGGGCGACAUACGCAUCUUUGGAAACGGGCCAAUUGACCCCACUGCUGAAGGAAGAGUUGAAAUGUCGUAUACAAUCAAGGCGUUUAUCAGAAGGAAAGGAGGAACUGCUUGUCGAUUUUACAUCUCCGUCCAAAUUUCAGCCAAGACCUGAUGAGAUUGAAAAGUUAAAUAAAAGAAGAGAGCAGAACCGAAGAGCUGCAAGAAAGUUUCGACAAAAGAAACGAAAAGAUGGAGAUAAUUUGAUGAAGGAGUCAGAAAAACUGGAAUCCGAUAAUACCUCGCUACAAGAAGAAAUAGCCAAAUUAUAUGAAGAAAGAAAGAAAUUAGAAGAGAUAUGGAGUGACCACACCCGCAAAUGUCAAUUAAUUACAACCGGCCAAUCAACAUCUAGCACAGAUGUCACAUGA